AUGAUCUGGGAUCCCGCCAAGACGAGCCAAGCAGACCGCAAGGCAUUUUCGAGUAAUCUGCAACGUUUUCUUUGUAUAUUUGCUAUAGUGAGUUGUGCGUGGGCUGGUUGCGACUCUUGCGGGCAGGAGUGCGCCCCCGCGUGCGGGACGAGACGCUUCCGAGCUUGCUGCUUCAACUACCUGCGGAGGAAGAGGGGGCCAGAGCUCAACAAGAUCCUCUCUGCUCCUCGAGAUACGAAGGAGGAGAAAGCCCCAGCAGUAGCCAUGUACGUGGUGGCGAACAUCCCAGUACCAGAACCGUGGAUGUCCAGCGCCGUGUCAAGCGAAAACCAACGCUAUUCGCAAGAGGAUACGCUUGAAAAUCGUCUGAACUGAUGCUUUUAGUGAAACAAUUUAAUUUUUGUUAUGCCAAACAAAAGUUAUGUAAGUUCAUUUUUUUGCUCUGUUAAAUAAAUUCGUUUACUAAAGUUAA